UUGUUCGAUAGAAAGCCACUUCCGAAACUGAUGACAUAAACAAACACCGUGUUCUCGUUUCCACCAACCUGAUUCAACCUUCUUCAUCCAUUUGGCCAACAUGUGUGGAAUAUGUGGAUGCGUGUUCUUCAAUAGCUCCGUUACGAGUUUGGAGCUACUCCGCCAACUCCAACAAAACAUGGCCAGAAUGGAAUAUCGUGGUUACGAUUCCUGUGGAGCGGCCAUUCAAUGCCAAUAUCGGGAUGGAGACCCCGGGAUUGAGUUAUUCAAGGCUGUGGGCAGUCCUUCAGAGAGGUUUUGGCCCGUGGUAGAGGCAGGCAUAGAUCAGAUUAAUCCUGGUUUGAUCCAGCCGAUUCAAUUAGGAAUGGGACACACCCGAUGGGCGACCCAUGGGGAAGCUGGUGUGCCCAACUGUCAUCCCCAUGUUAGUUCUGAUAAGAGGGAGUUUGUUGUGGUGCAUAACGGACAAAUCACCAAUUUUGCGCAAAUUCGAAACUACCUCAAGGCUCAAAGGAAUUGGGACUUUUACUCGGAGACAGAUACCGAGGUAAUUCCCAAGCUCGCCCUUUACUUCUACGAACAGACGCCCAAUGCCACAUUCCCCGAUGUGGUUGAACAAGUGUGCCAAGUUCUGGAUGGGGCGUACGCCUUGAUCUUCAUGAGCAGUCUCUUCCCCAAUGAAGUCGUGGCGACCAAAUGCGGCUCGCCAUUGAUCAUCGGGGUCAAAUCGGAUUCGCGACUGCAUUUGUCGGAUUGUCGAACAAGCUUGAAAAGGACUGAAUCGGCGGCAUAUGCUAAUGCUGUCAGGGAAGAGGUAAAUGGAUCAGAUGGUGCUGCAGAAGCUGGUUACCAAUUGGAUGAGCCAAAUCAUAUGAUCUACAAACCAAGCGAUUCAAAAUCCAAGCCCAAUGUCCAGUACUAUUUCUCCAGCGAUCGACCGGCUUUAGGAGGUAUCACUAGCUAUUGCCUUGAUUUACACGAUUUUGACAUUGCCCAUGCUCGAGGAAAUGGCGAGUUGGAGAUAUCGUACAAGUACCCUGGAUCCAUCGCCGAUAGACAUCUCAAGUACCAAGAGUUUGACCAAAUAUCCGAGGAAGAGAACACAUUCUCCUGCAAAACUGAGCAGGAGAUCCACCAACAACGAUCCACGAUUGAAUCUGCCGUUCGAGGCCGUGUGGAUUUCGACAAUCAUACAGUGAAGCUUGGUGGAAUCCAGGCCUAUCUCCAUGAGAUCAGGAGGAGCAAUCGUAUCUACAUGAUCGGCAUGGGCACAUCCAUCCAUGCAGCCUUGGCCACCCAACAUGUCUUGACCAGCCUUACCAACAAAAGUGUCUCCGUGGUUCAAGCCACGCAAUUCAUUGACAUGGGUGAACCCAUUGCUAAAACAGAUCUGUGCAUUUUUAUUUCCCAAUCUGGCGAGACAGCAGACACAAAGGCUGCAUUGGAUUACUGUAAUCGGGCAGGAGCAUUGACUUUGGGGAUCACCAACGUUGUGGGCAGCUCAAUCUGUCAAAACACCACUUGUGGGAUCCAUGUGAAUGCGGGGGUCGAAGUUGGUGUGGCAUCAACCAAGGCGUAUACCUCUCAAUAUAUUUGCUUGGUCCUUUUGGGUAUUGCCAUUGCCCAGGAUUUUUUCAGCAUGAAAGGCCAAAUUCGCGAGAUAAUUGAUGGUCUUCGAGAAUUGCCCAUGAAAGCAGAAGAGGUUCUUAAUAAUAAACAACAGCUGAAAGCGCUGGUGGAACUGAUCCAAGAGUGCCAAAAUGUGGUCAAAGAAUGCAUGAUGUUUAACACCGACAGAUCCAACUCCCUGUACAUCUUGGGACGAGGCUACCAAUAUGCCGUGGCUCGUGAGGCAGCUCUCAAGAUUAAGGAGAUUGCUUACAUGCAUGCUGAAGGCCUUUGCUCCUCUGAACUAAAGCAUGGACCUUUGGCCAUGGUUCAAGAGAACUUCCCUGUCAUCUUAUUCGCCGUCAAUGAUCAAUUUAAAACGCAUGCAUUUAAUGCUAUGAAUCAGCUGGUUUCCCGAGGUUGCGUGCCUUAUCUGAUUAUUACGGAAGGCGAUGAGGUGGAGCUUGAAAACAACUUCAAGAAUAAGGCCGAGGUUCCAUUUCAUUUUGUCCUGCCCAAGUCCACGCCCUGCCUCCAAGGAAUCUUGGCAGUGAUACCUAUGCAACUCCUCAGCUUAUACCUUGCACAAGCGCGCGGUUGCAAUGUGGACCAGCCACGCAACCUUGCGAAAUCUGUUACUGUAUAAAAUCUUGGCUGAAGAGGAUCUUUUUCGAACAUUCCAUGAAUUGACGCAAACUUUUCCAAGAUGUCCAUCGACCGUAAAUAGAGCUUUGAUAAUUUUUCAAA